AUGCCAAACGUCCUCAUCCUCGGCGGCUCAGGCUACAUCGGCCUCACCACAGGCCAGUCCCUCGUCUCGUCAGGCAACUACAGAGUCUGGGGCACAGCGCGCAGCCCCGAGAAGGCCAAACUGCUCCUGCAGAACGAAAUCACCCCGAUCGCUGCAGAAACAGACAUCACAGACCCAGACUCCCUCAGCUCGGUCAUAAUCGACCAUCUCAUCGACAUCGUCGUCGACGCCACCUCAACGCACAAACAAGGCGACAAAGUCCUAGAAGGCGUGAAAGCCGCUGCAAAGAUACGUGCCGCCAAUCUCGCUAAGGAAGGCAUCGUCGGUCCUAAGCUCGGUUUUAUUUACACUUCAGGGAUAUGGGUCCACGGGUCUACGUCCGAGCUAGUUAGUGAUCUUUCUCCUGUCGGUAGUGCACUAUCAACGGGUACACCACCGCGGAUUGUCUCGUGGCGCGCGGGGCAAGAGCAGGCGAUUCUUGCCUCGAGAGAUGUGCUGGAUGUUGCGAUUAUACGGCCGGGACUUAUCUACGGGCGUGGGUCGUGGAUCUGGACGCCUUGGUGGGAACCACUGCUUAAAGCGAGGAAACAUGGUACCAGUGUAGUUGAUAUUCCUGCUGAUAUCACGGCACGUCCGUCGUGCGUGCAUAUCACCGAUACUGCUGCUGGGCUUCAUGCUGCUAUUGACCGUAUCCAUGGGAAUCUGGGUACAUGGCCUGUGUUUGAUUUAGUGACAGAGACAGUCCGCGUGCAGGAUAUUGUUGACGCGGCGAUGUCUAGCUUAGGGCUUACGGCGGAGGUGCAGUAUACAGGCACCAGAGGGGACGUCAUGCUUGAGGCGAUGAGUACGGCGGGGAAUUCUGAAGGAGGAAGGGCCAGGGCCGUGCUGGGCUGGUAUCCUAAGCGGACGGAGUUUGUUUUGAAUAUGGCUGUGUAUAUUCGUGCUUGGGAGGCUGCACUGGCGUGA